AUGUCCCGCUGCUCCCUCCAAACCGUCGCCAAGUUCCGAACCCUCUCCCGCCGACUCAACUCGCUCACCUACGAGUCCACCUUCAACCAACUCCUCCACCGCCGAACCCCAACCCUCUCCGGCUUCUUCCUCCACCGCCGCUCCCUUUCCACCUUCGCCUCCGCCGCCACAAACAACAACAACAACCAAAAGAUCUCCCUCGACUUCCUCCCUUCCCCAGCCCGCAUCGUGGCGUCCACGUCACAAGGAUACAUUACCUGCGUCACCACCGAACCACACCGCCUCCACCGAUACUACGUCGUUAAACCCGCGACGAAACAGUUUUCCCCACUACCCAACCCGAAGACCAAGCACUUCACCCGACACCCCGUCGGGAUGAUCGUCCUUCGGUCCCACCCUCUCCGCUUCAAGCUCGUCCGGCUCUCCAACUCCACACACUCGCACCGCAACAACAACGAGUUGCGGUGCGAGGUGUUCGAUUCCGAACGUUGGAGUUGGAAGAAGCAGCGGCAGCUGGACAUUGACCACAAUGUCCAGCUGCCGCUGCUGGGGGACGAGGAGGAAUAUUUAGAGCCGGAGCCGCCAGUGGCGGCUGGCGGCUCGCUGCACUGGCUGACGUCACGCAACCGUGUCUCCGCGUUCUGCGGAGACACGGACGAAGCGUGGGAGUGUUUCCCGCUGCCGCGGGAAAUACGAGAGAAGGGCAGGUACGAGGGGGCCAUGCAGCUGGCGGAGUACGAGGGGAAGCUCGGGGCGAUGUUUACGGGGUGGGAGAGCGGCGUGAUGGAGUUGUGGGUGUUGGAGCGUUCCUGUGGUGGUGGUGAGAAGCGUUGGGAGGAGAGGUUGAGGUUGGAUUUGAAGGAGCGGGUUGCGGUGCGGGUGCUAGGGUUCUGUGACGCGGACACGGUGGUGCUGGAGCGGCGGGACGGAGGUGUGGCGGUGUGGGAGUUUAGGGUUGGGGGGAGGGUGACGGUGGUGGUGGAAGGGUUGAGGUGUACUUCGUCGGGGUUGGAUGGGUUCUUCGUGGUGCGGUCGGAUUUGGAGAGGACGGAGUUUGGACGGCCGGAUGGGAAGAGAGAUGUUGGUUUUGAGAGGAAGAGGAGGAGGAGGAAGGUGGAUUCGUGUUUGGUUUAUCGAGAUGAUGCUUGUUUGAGUUGA